AUGCCUCCCUCAUCGAUACAAAGAAUGUCUAAUAGGCCAAGAGAUGCAUACGAAGCUGGUCAAUCACCAUUAGAAUUACUUCCACCUGAGCUCCUUCAAAAGAUACUUGGGAAUCUGGAAUUGAAAUAUAAUCACAAAGAUGGAGGUUCAAGCAAUGAUUCGAGUGACAUCAACUACCCACCACCUCUGGAGAGGCCUACUUUAUUCUCAUGUCUUCGUGUAUCACAGGCAAUUUAUAUGAAUGCACUUUUUAUUACGUAUCGAAGUGUUACAGUUACUCACAUGUCCGCAUUCAACCAUAUUCUUGCUCAGCUUACCGAGAAUCCCAUCUUGGGAAGAACCAUUCGAAGUCUUGAUUUCUCCGAGUUGAAAACCGCACGUCCAAUGAGAGAGUUUUCCAAUCAUCUUCAUGGAAUGGUUUGCCUCGCUCCGCAUCUUCGAGAAUUUCGAAUCCCGAAAGAUACCAACCUCAACGGUUUCUUGAGCGAGCCCUUACUUCGACUACUUUUUGUUGGGUUGCCACAUUUGAAGACGUUAGAUUUGGGCAAUUGCACAUCAUCAACACUAGAUUGCAUACCUACCAUACUUGAAAGCACGCCAGAGGUAACCUCACUUCCGAUCAAAUCAUUAUCCUUGGAGAAUUGCACAUCUCUUCCAGCUUCAUCCUUUGACUCGCUGUUUUCACGACUUGGCUCUAUCCAAUCGAUGACGUUAUCACAUACUCAUAUUACGACAGAAGCUUUACAACUUCUCCCUCCCACGGCAAAAGUGUCACAUCUGGCAAUCAAUCAUUGUCCACGUCUUGAUGAUACCUCUCUCGUCGACUUCAUAACUUCGCAUCCGGCAGUGAAGAACACGUUGGAAUAUCUUGAUGCCUCCGCUGACCUUACGGUUGGUGAAGAGAUCAAUGAGAAAGAGACAGAGCGCAUCUUGAAACAUGCACCAAAGACACUCAAGACUCUUAAGCUAAGAGGAUGGAAGAUGGACUCAACAUGUGUCGCUCAACUGAAGGGUCUGAAUCAAACAGUACAAGAGCUAAGCAUAGGAACUGGCCUUCGCAUGCGCGAUCUCGAAUCCAUGUUCCUCAACGCCGAAGACAAUGACUCCCGAAGUGAUGAAGAAGCAAUCGAUUCAUCAGAAAUCGACUCAAAAUAUACCACCGUUCUCGAGCCCAUGGAACGUGCCAUUGCCAUUUGUAAAUUACGACGAAGGAUUUCCAUCACGCCGUUACCUACCUUUACCGAUGUCAAACACAGCUUAAGAUAUCUUGACAUUAGGGGAAUGACAUUGGCAGAACAGAUUAAGAUUCGAUCUUCAAUCUUGUUGGGUAAACAGUCAGUGGCUUUGGAUGUGAUUGCUGUGAAUGAUAGGUUGAUGGAUAGAGAAGGGACGCUCAAGGAAAUAUGCGCGAGUGUGGGAUGGACUGUCAAGCGAGAUGGUAGAAGAUGUCUCUUGAUAAGACGAAAAGUUUGA